GUCAGCUGUCGCUCUGGAGACACGGACACCAUCCUGUUUGUCCGCUCGGCUAGCCGUGGCGACUCAGGGCUGUACCAGCUGCGCGUGGAGAUUGACAGCCUGGUGGACGUCGUGGACUUGCGCGUGCAGGUCAUAGACCGGCCCGGCCCGCCUGUCCGUGUGGAGGUGCUGGAGGUCUCGGGCUGUUCGGUUUCCCUGCGCUGGGACAAGCCCAGAGACACGGGCAACUCGGACAUCACGGGGUACAGCGUAGACAAACAGGACACCAAGUCUAUGGAGUGGUUCAAGGCUGUGGCCCACGUCCACCGUUGCUCGUCCACCAUCUCGGGCCUGGUGGUGGGCAACUUCUACAAUUUCCGCGUGUUCGCUCACAAUGACUGUGGGUCGAGCCUCAUGGCAGGAGUCACCCCACAGUCCACCCUCAUCCCCAAGCCGGGCUGGGAGUGGCGCCCGCCGCCGUUCGUGCCACGUGACCCGAGCGAGGCUCCCAGCUUCACGCAGCCCCUGAGUGACGUCAGAGCCGUGCAGGGGUUCCCCUGUCUACUCACCUGUAGCGUGCGUGCUCACCCAAAGCCCCACAUUGCGUGGUUCCGUGGGGAGUCGUGCGUCUCCGAGGAGUUGGGCUUCCGUUCGCUGCACUCCCAGGGAGUCUGCACGCUGGAGGUCCGUCGCCCGGGGCCGGCGCUGGCGGGCUGCUACUCCUGCCGGGCGACUAACGGGCUGGGAGAGGCGUCCACCAGCUGCCAGCUAACCCUGCGCCCGCUGCCUUAAUUACUCAGCUGAGACCAUCACUUUGGAAUCCACGUGUGGCCCAAAGUGAAGAGGCCAUGUAAGGCUGAAGACUCGAGACAGCCAAAACCAAUUGCAUGCCGAGUUGCCAAGUUGCCGAGUUGCCGAGUAGUUGUGUUGCUGAGUUUCUAAGUUGCCAGGUUGUUCAGUUUGUGCGUAAAUAAGUUACUGGCUGGCUGCGUAGCUGAGUUGUUGAGUUGCUGGGUAGCUGAGUUGCUGGGUAGCUGAGUUGCUGGGUAGUUGAGUUGCUGGGUAGCUGAGUUGCUGGGUAGUUGAGUUACUGGGUAGUUGAGUUGCUGGGUAGCUGAGUUGCUGGGUAGUUGAGUUGCUGGGUAGUUGAGUUGCUGGGUAGCUGAGUUGCUGGGUAGCUGAGUUGCUGGGUAGUUGAGUUGCUGGGUAGCUGAGUUGCUGGGUAAUUGAGUUACUGGGUAGCUGAGUUGCUGGAUAGUUUAGUUGCUGGGUAGUUGAGUCGCUGGGUAGUUGAGUUGCUGGGUAGCUGAGUUGCUGGGUAGUUGAGUUGCUGGGUAGCUGAGUUGCUGGGUAGUUGAGUUGCUGGGUAGUUGAGUUGCUGGGUAGCUGAGUUGCUGGGUAGCUGAGUUGCUGGGUAGUUGAGUUGCUGGGUAGCUGAGUUGCUGGGUAAUUGAGUUACUGGGUAGCUGAGUUGCUGGAUAGUUUAGUUGCUGGGUAGUUGAGUCGCUGGGUAGUUGAGUUGCUGGGUAGCUGAGUUGCUGGGUAGUUGAGUUACUGGGUAGUUGAGUUGCUGGGUAGUUGAGUUGCUGGGUAGUUGAGUUGCUGGGUAGCUGAGUUGCUGGGUAGCUGAGUUGCUGAGUAGUUGAGUUGCUGGGUAGCUGAGUUGCUGAGUAGCUGAGUUGCUGGGUAGUUGAGUUGCUGGGUAGUUGAGUUGCUGAGUAGUUGAGUUGCUGGAUAGUUGAGUUGCUGGGUAGUUGAGUUGCUGGGUAGUUGAGUUGCUGGGUAGUUGAGUUACUGGGUAGUUGAGUUGCUGGGUAGUUGAGUUGCUGAGUAGUUGAGUUGCUGGGUAGUUGAGUUGCUGGGUAGUUGAGUUGCUGAGUCUGGGCUGUGACUCGUUGCAAUAAACGCAGAGAGUUGGCAACUCUC